AUGGCGCUUCUAUCACCAAAAGUGUAUCAGUGGCUCGUGGGAGUCUUCGCUUCCCUCGGCGCCUUUCUCUUUGGUUAUGACCUCGGUGUCAUCGCCGCCGUCGUGGCAUCAAACACGUUCAAAGAUGCCUUUUCCCCGGACACGUCGACGGAGGGCCUGGUGGUGUCCAUGUUCACCGCAGGCGCGUUUUUCGGCGCCGGCGCCGCCGGGCCGCUGGGCGAUCGCCUGGGCCGACGAGGCACCAUCGUCACGGGCGCCCUGUUCUUCCUCCUGGGCGGGGGUCUCCAGACGGGCGCGCGCGACAUCCACAUGAUGUGGGUUGGCCGUCUGAUCUCGGGCCUCGGCGUGGGCGCGCUCUGCAUGAUCGUCCCGCUGUACCAGGCGGAGCUGGCGCACCCCAGCAUCCGCGGCACGGUCACGGCGCUGCAGCAGCUCAUGAUCGGCAUCGGGGCGUUCGUGGCGACCUGGGUCGGCUGGGGGUGUUAUACCCAGCUCACGACCACGAGCGCGCAGUGGCGUAUCCCUUUGGCGAUCCAGAACAUCCCCGCCAUCAUCCUUGCUGCGUUGACUUUUCUGUUCCCCGAGAGUCCCAGAUGGCUCGGUGACAAGGGACGCGACGAGGAGAUGCUCAAGACGCUGGCCCGACUCCAUUCCAACAACGAUGUCAACGACGCUUUCGUCCGGGCCGAGUACGAGCAGAUCAAGACCGCGGUGGAAAUCGAGCACCAGCAAGAAGCGAGAUCGUAUAUGGACCUCUUCCGGUCGAGGAGCUCGUUCCGCCGCCUGUUUCUGUGCUGUGCCAUCCAAGCAUCGGUCCAGAUGACGGGAGUCUCGGCCAUCCAAUACUACUCCCCCCGGAUCUUUGAACAGAUUGGCAUCGCGACGCAAGACACGCUGAAAUACCAGGGCAUCAGCAACGGGCUCGCCAUCAUUGCCCAGACGCUCGCCAUGCUGCUCAUCGACCGCACCGGCCGCCGCUGGCCCCUCAUCGGGGGCAACAUCUUCAACUCGGUCACCUUCAUCAUCGCCGCCGUCCUCCUCGCUCUGUUCCCGCCGGGAGAGUCUAACAACCUCAGCGCCCAGUGGGGGUUCAUCAUCGUCACCUGGCUGUACAACUUCAGCUUCUCCUCCACCUGCGGCCCGCUGUCCUGGAUCAUCGUCGCCGAGGUGUUUGACACGAGGACUCGCUCGAAGGGAGUUAGUAUUGCUACAAUGGUCUCUUUCGCAUUCAACACCAUGAUUGGCCAAGUUACCCCGGAGGGAAUGGAGUCCGUGGGGUACCAAUUCUAUUUCCUUUUCAUCGUAUGCAACAUCACAAACGCCAUCUUCUUCUGGCUGUUUCUGCCGGAGACCGCCCGCCGCCCGCUCGAGGAGAUGAACGAGCUGUUCAGCAGCAACAGCUGGAUUGUUGCUGGAAAGGCCAGCAAGAGGUACAACGGCCAUGAUCUCGAGAACCGACUGCACGAAAAAGAGCACCACGCGUCGGUGGACGCGCAGGCCGAGAAUGCGUAUGCCGAGACGAAGUAG